UCCACUCUAUAUAUUCAUCCACGGAAGCACUCACUCACCUUACCAAAACAGGAUGAUUACAUCCAACAACGCUAGACAGCUAUAAUCUCGAUCGAAUCGACCGUUGCCGAGCUUCGCCAAAUCUUUACUCAACUGAUGACGAUGGUGGCUGAGUAGCGUGAAUCCGUUCAGCGUACAGAUAAUGAUGAAGGUUUUCGGUGUUCUUGUUGUGUUUUCCCUAUUUUUCAUUCUAGUUUCGUCAUUCGGAUUUUUGAUGCAUUCCAUGUUUUCUUUCUCGUUUGAUCUAUACCUUGGGGCUGGCGUAGUCCUAAUCCCACCACUUUCGGUCUCAGAGAAAAUUGGACCUAUUUCAUUGCCGAAUACAACAACUCAGAAACACGAUGAGCUGCGUGCACCGUUCAUUUUCCCUUCCCCGCAGGCUUUCCAGCUACCUUAAUUCUUACCUGUUCGACUACCCAUAUACCAGCUAGUUUGCCACACCUGGUAAAAGAUAUUUGAAUGGCUCUCUGGUUGGAAAUAUAUGCUGAUAGUUUCGCUUGC